CUUCACGCCGUAACCGAGUUGCCUGCUACGCCAGAACUGCACGAUAGGCGGAGUGGUUGAGUUGUAGCGUUGUUUCAUCGAGUUGGUUUCAUCAUGGCGGAGAUCAAGGCGAAGCCGAAGUCAUCAAAACAAAACUAGUGCUGUUGUUAGAAGAAAAAGUUUCUUUUGAAGUAACGGACUGGGCUUCAUAAAGGGUGAGCUGACAGCGGUUCCAUGCUGUGGACUAUGGACCAUGACUUAUUGCUGUGCCGAGAGGUUCUAACCAUUGGAGUUUAUAAACAGAAAAAGGGAAGUAAUGAGGCUGGAAGACUAUGGAAUACGAUUGCAGAAGCUCUAAUCCAGUCAACAACUGUGAAAUUCAAGCCCAAUCUCUCACAAAGGGCUGUAAGGAAAAGAUUCGCUCUUCUCCAAAGGAGAUUUAAACAAAAAGAAAGAGCAGAACAAGCAGCAUCAGGGAUUUUCCCUGAUGAGCCUGACAUGAUCCUUGAAGAUAUAGCAGAGAGAGAAAGGGAUGCAGGUGAAAGGGAAGAUGAAAAAAAGAAGGCUGAAAAGGCUAUUGGAGAAGACAUACGAAUGCAAGCCCUUGAGCGGAUGGGGCAAACAAAGAAAAGAAAGGGAGAUGAAAAAGAAGAGAAGAAUGAAAAGAGGAGGAGAAGUUCAAAUGAAGCAUUAGAGUUUCUGCAAGGAAAGGCUGAAUCAGAAGCAGCUUUUAGAGAAAAGGAGUUUAACAUAAAGAAGAUGGAGGAGGAAAAUAAGUGUGCUCAGUUUGAAGCCAUGCAGAAACAGCAGCAGUCCAUGUUGCAGGCUCAACAACAGCAACAGGCUCAACAACAGCAACAGAGCCAAAACAUGCAAGUCCUCAUGGCCCAACAAAACCAGGCGAUAAUGGGGCUCCUUGGAAAGUUUGUGCCAAAAUAGUAACUAUGUUGAACAGUCACUAGUAGUGAAUAUGUUCAUGUUACGAAUCAUAUUUUAUUUUUUAGACUGUUUCGUUUUUCCUUUUUUUGUUUUACUUUUUUUCCAAUAGCUUGUUAGUUCAAAUAAAUUAUGUUGAAGUUUUAAAUGAUUUCUACGAUCCUGUCAUCCUGUAAAAAAUAAAGUAACCACUGGUAUUUCCUGAUUUUGAGGAUAUUUCAAUUUCUUGUGAUACCUCUUGAAAUAACAGGGUCAACAAAUAUUUAUUAAGGAAAUGACCAGGGACAUGGUAAAAAUGUGUUUGUUUUUCAAGGUAUGACUAGUGAUGCAUGUUUCUACUAGUUGGGGUAGGGGACCAAGUGACUAAGAGCAAUGUAAGAAGUUUUGUUACACCACAUCAAACUAUUGGAGGGGCUUUCACAACAAUUAGACGUGUAUUAGACUAUAGUGUUUGUGACGGGGUGUGAUGACUUAGACACAAAUUUUCAUAUUGCUCUAUUACAAAAAAAAAUGACUUAAUUUCUCGAAUGAAACUCAUAGGAAACUUAUAAUCCUUGCAACAAAAUGUAAACUUAAGUAACUUUGUAAUCAAUUUUUGGGUUGUGUAACACUCGUAAGGUCAUACUUACCGACUGGACCAUACAUGUUUGCAGUCAUUCCGUCAGGGGUAACAACAGACUGGAAUUUAAUACCAUAAACACGCUAAUGGCCAUUAUAUAACAAUCUUUGGUUUACUGUUGCUGGCCUACAAAUCGGCCGAACAGUCCCGUCAACAAAACCAAAACAAUUGUCAAGUGGAACCCCUUUGCUGUGUACCGCAUCGGCAAAUCGUUCGAGAUUUGCUGGGUUCAACUGCUGACUGUUCCAUUGGAUAACACGAUGACUAUGAGCUUGAUAAACAAAGUCUAAUACUUCGUUUGUAAUCAUACAAAUGGCAGGAACCGGCUUAGCAAACAAGUGAACCAUAUCACUGUAUCGACAGGGGUAGCAAAGCCUUUUUAAGAGCAUACAGAGCCCUUCAAUUCCGUUACAAGUUGUUCCUUGGUUGCAAGUUAUAACUUCAGAGUUUUGAGGGCUGUAUGAAUUGUACAACAGCAGAAAUUCAGUGUCAGUUAGAUAAUUCAUGCCAUAGGAUAGGACAACAAGGUUUCUUAGUUCGUUAAAAGAAACCAUGACUGACAGCUAUCUUGUUUGUUUACAUCUGUAAUGUUGCCGUAGCCGUACCGCGGAAAAUCUUAAUCUUUUGGCGGGAGUCCGCGUAGUCGCUCCAGACCACCACGGCCAAAGACCGCUAUAGCAGAGGUCCGCCGUACCGAAUCUUAAAGUCCCUAAUACUUUUCCUACUGAAAAUUGUUUUUUUAACACUAUUGUAAAACAUUAUGUAUAUUUGUUAUCAUUAUGUAUAUCUGUAAUAAUUUAAUAAUUUUCUGAGAGCCACAUGUAUAUCAUCUGUAUUGAUAUAAGGUGUCAUUCUCAAUAAAAAAAUGUCUUAACUAACUAAA